AUGCUGCCUCCAUCACAGCGUUGCAAAGACCAAACGACGAAAGCCCCAACCGGACCGUUCAAGAGAGAUCAUCUUUUGAAGUAUUUAGAAGAGCAGGCGAAAAAUGAAAAGGACUGGGAAGAUGUGGUACCGUUUUCGCUUGGAACGAAACGCGGCAAAGUUUGGGAAGGCGAUAGUGGUCGUGAAUCCGCUGAUGAUGGCACGACGUCGGAAGAACAUCCAGCGUCAAGGAUCGCUCGAAUGGAGAUGCCGAUAGAACUAGAUUUGGAUGAUGACGAUGAUCUUGAUGAAGCCCUGGAUGGCGCUCCUGAACGAGAUCUCGUAGAUCUGGCCGGAAUCCUAGGUAUGCAUAACAUUCUGAAUCAACCGCAAUACUAUAAUGCGCUGAAAGGGAAGCAACAAGAUGAUAGCACGGGUACAACGUUUGCGACUAUUAUCCGGGCAUAUGAACCGAAAGAGCUUCCAGAUGAACCCGAGAACGAUACCAAUGUUGAUGAGUGCAUCAAGCGGCUGGAGGAGGACGACGAAGACAUGAAAGAGAUCAAUAUCAAUAAUAUGAAACGAAUUUCAAAGGAACAAAUUUCAAGGCUAAUUUCUGCCGCUUGUGAGAGUAAUCAUAUCACUAAGUUAAGUAUGGCAAACACAGCGAUAUCCGAUAAUGAAGCGAGGGGUCUGAUCAAACUUUUGGAGACGUCGACUUCACUGAAAGCGUUGAACAUAGAAUCCAAUUUCAUCACUCCAGAGCUGCUAGCGAAACUUGUUCGAGCCACUCUUGUCACGAAAUCCCUGACAGAUUUCAAAGCAGAGAACCAGCGUCAAUCAGUACUGGGCAAUCAAAUUGAGAUGGAUAUCACGUCAUCAGUGGAAGAGAACGAAUCACUGUUACGAGUGGGUAUUGCAUUUCAAUCAAUGGAAGCCCGUCAUCGUGUAUCUGAUGCUUUGGAAAAGAAUUAUGAACGAGGUUUGGCAUUUACAGUUUUUGCAAUUUUAGCUGUUUUUCGUUUUCUCAUGAUUUUUCAGCCUUAUCUUGAUUUUGGUUGCUCUUACUUCCGAGUUGAGUCCAUAUGCUCAGUGCAGAUGUAA